AAAUUACCAAAGAACCGUUUCUUUCAUGUUCCAGCAACGAAACGCCGUGAAAGUCCCCGUAUAAACGGAAGAUAGAAGAGGCCCUUCCCAUCGCAGCAGCGAAUUCAAAACGCUUCUUCAGCUCUUCAGGAGAGUAGAGCAGGAGCAAUGGCAGCAGACGAUGCAGGAGGUGGAAGAGGAGAUGAAGAGCUAGGGUUUCCGUACUGGGUCCCAGUCCUCCGAAGGUUCCAACCCCAUGACCCCUUCUUCUCUUCAGGAAAUCUUGAAAGAGAGCUACUCGCCAAACAGGUUGCAUUAGAUUUAACAGAAGAGGAGAGAAAUCAGCUUCAAAACAUGGAAGACAUGGAAAUCUGGAGCAUAUCUUGUCCCAUAGUCGGUUGUGGUGUGCAGUUGAAUUCCUUGGACAACUUUGAAGGUCACUACCGCACUCGGCACACUGCAUCUUGUUCCGUCUGCUCAAGAGUCUACCCAACAUCACGCCUGCUGAGUAUACAUGUCUCUGAAGCGCAUGAUUCCUUUUUUCAGGCAAAAGUCGCACGUGGGUUCCCUAUGUAUGAAUGUUUGGUGGAAGGCUGUGGAGCAAAGCUGAAGAGCUACAAAAGUCGACAACAGCAUCUCAUAGAUAAGCAUAAAUUCCCCACAUCAUUUGAUUUUUUCAAGAAGGCCCAGCCGUCCAAGAAACAGCGGCAGAGGUACCAGCGCAAGCAAGCUGAUCAUAAGAGGGAGGAGAUGAAGGAAGAUGAGAUGGAAGUGGAAGGAAAGAUUGAUGACCUUGUUUCCGCUGUCUCAAAAUUAAACACGUCUGACUCUUCACCUUCCACCGUUAGCUUUGGGCAUCGCCAUACUCGUGGCUUCUCAUUCCUCCCACGGGCCGUUCAGAGAAAUAGAAAGCAUGACACUCCCCAGUAGAGAUGCAGACUGAGCUGAAUGCACACUGGUACACACAUCACUAUGCUCUCUUUGUUCUUUUUAUGUUUUGGGGUAGUUUGUCUUGUUUUUCUUUACUUUUCUGUUCUUUGGAGCCUUUGGUUACCUUCAUAAAAUUUUCAAUUCUAUGGAGAAACAUUAUUUCCACUCAAGAUCAGGUCCUGCGCGGGGUGGAAUUUCAACUUGGAAAGGGUUCAAACAUUUGGUUUUGGAAAGAUUGUUGGGUGGAGAACAUUCCUCUUAGAGACAAAUUCCCCUUAAUAUUCUCUCUCGCUGUU